AUGAAGCCGGAAAUUGAACAAGAAUUAUCUCACACUUUGUUAACAGAAUUGUUGGCAUAUCAAUUUGCUUCGCCAGUUAGAUGGAUCGAAACUCAAGAUGUCUUUUUAAAACAACACAACACCGAGAGAGUAAUUGAAAUUGGACCAUCUCCAACAUUGGCUGGUAUGGCUUCAAGAACCAUUAAGGCUAAGUACCAGUCGUACGAUGCCGCAUUAUCUUUGCAACGUCAAGUGUUGUGCUACUCCAAAGAUGGAAAGGAAAUCUACUACACUCCUGAUCCAGUUGAACCACCAGCAACUGAAGAGCAAAAGACUGAAUCAGUACCCGCAGAAGUACCAGCUGCUGCAACUAAUGCGCCACCAGCGCCACCAGCACCAUCUGCUGGACCAGUUGAAUCGAUCCCUGAUGAACCGGUUAAAGCUGCUUUGUUGAUACACGUCUUGGUUGCACAAAAAUUAAAGAAACCUUUGGAUGCCGUUCCCAUGUCAAAAGCAAUUAAGGAUUUGGUUAAUGGUAAAUCUACUGUUCAAAAUGAAAUUUUGGGAGAUUUGGGUAAGGAAUUCGGAUCGACUCCAGAAAAACCCGAGGAAACCCCAUUGGAUGAAUUGGCAGAACAAUUCCAAGAUACCUUCUCUGGAUCGUUGGGUAAGACAUCGACUUCAUUGAUUGGAAGAUUAAUGUCAUCAAAGAUGCCCGGAGGAUUUUCUAUUACAACUGCAAGAAAGUAUUUAGAGUCGAGAUUUGGCUUGGGCUCCGGAAGACAAGAUUCAGUUUUGUUGACCGCAUUGUGUAAUGAGCCAGCUGCUAGAUUGGGAUCUGACGCAGAUGCCAAAUCCUUCUUGGAUUCAAUGGCUCAGAAAUAUGCAUCACAUGCAGGAAUUUCGUUAUCAUCACCUUCGGCAGGAGGUGCUAGCUCCGGUGCAGGAGCUGCCGUUGUUGACAGUGCAGCUUUGGAUGCUCUAACUGCUGAAAACAAGAAAUUAGCUAGACAGCAGUUAGAAACUUUAGCAAGGUAUCUUCAGGUUGAUUUGAGUAAAGGUGAAAAGGCUUUCAUCAAGGAAAAAGAGGCUACUACUGUCUUGCAGCAAGAAUUGGAUUUGUGGGAAGCAGAGCAUGGUGAGUUUUACGCAAAGGGUAUUAAGCCUGUAUUUUCAUCAUUGAAAUCAAGAACCUACGACUCCUACUGGAACUGGGCAAGGCAAGAUGUUUUGUCAAUGUGGUUUGACAUUAUUUUUGGGAAAUUGACAUCUGUUGAUAGGGAAACUAUUAAUCAAUGUAUCCAAAUUAUGAAUAGAGCCAAUCCAACCUUGAUUAAGUUUAUGCAGUACCACGUUGAUCUUUGCCCUACUUACAGAGGAGAAACUUACAAGUUGGGAAAGAGAUUGGGUGAACAGUUGAUUGAAAACUGUAAGCAAGUCUUGGGACAAAAACCUGUAUACAAGGAUGUCAGCAGAAUCACUGGCCCAAAAACAACUGUUGGUGCAAAGGGUGACAUUGUAUACGAAGAAGCCAACAAGGAUUCAGUCAGAAAAUUUGAGCAAUAUGUUUUUGAAAUGGCUCAAGGUGGUUCAAUGACCAAGAUGAAGCAAUCCACAAUCCAGGAAGAUUUGGCCAGAGUUUACAAGGCAAUCUCGAAGCAAGCUUCAAGAGAUAGCAAGUUGGAAUUACAAAAAGUCUAUGAUCAAUUGUUAAAGGUUGUUGCUGGAUCUACUGAGAUUGAAACUGAGCAAACCACACAAGAUGCUUUGGCUAUUCCAACAGGUGCAAACACUCCUACAGAGGAGGACGAGUUGUCAACAGCUUCUGACGACGACGAGAUUGCAUCUUUGCCUGAUAAAACAUCCAUUAUCCAACCAAUUUCUUCAACCAUACCAAACAAAACCAUUCCAUUCUUGCACAUUCAAAGCAAAUCCGAGAGUGGAAACUGGGAGUAUGAUCGUAAAUUAUCCUCAAUCUACUUGGAUGGUUUGGAAUCGGCAGCCAUUAAUGGGUUGACCUUCAGUGACAAGUACGUGUUGGUUACUGGAGCUGGAGCUGGUUCUAUCGGUGCAGAAAUCUUGCAAGGUUUGAUUAGUGGUGGUGCCAAGGUUAUUGUCACCACAUCUCGUUACUCCAAGAAAGUGACAGAGUAUUAUCAAAACAUGUAUGCUAGAUACGGUGCUGCUGGAUCCACUUUGAUUGUUGUCCCUUUCAACCAAGGUUCUAAGCAAGAUGUUGACUCGUUGGUCGAGUACAUCUAUAACGACCCAAAGAAAGGCGGAUUGGGUUGGGACUUGGAUGUCAUUAUUCCAUUUGCUGCUAUUCCUGAAAACGGUAAUGGUAUUGACAACAUCGAUUCGAAGUCAGAAUUUGCUCACAGAAUCAUGUUGACCAACCUUUUGAGAUUGUUGGGUGCAGUGAAAGCCAGAAAGACAACCGAUACUAGACCUGCUCAGUGUAUCUUGCCAUUGUCACCAAACCACGGUACUUUUGGAUUUGACGGGUUAUACUCAGAGUCAAAGAUUUCAUUAGAGACUUUGUUCAACAGAUGGUAUUCUGAAGAUUGGGGAACUAAGUUGACCGUCUGUGGUGCCAUCAUUGGUUGGACAAGAGGUACUGGUUUAAUGAGUGCAAACAACAUCAUUGCUGAGGGCAUUGAGAAGAUGGGAGUUAGAACAUUCUCACAAAAGGAAAUGGCCUUCAACAUUCUAGGAUUAUUGACCCCAGAGAUUGUCAACUUGUGUCAAGAAGAACCAGUUAUGGCAGAUUUGAAUGGUGGUUUGCAGUUUAUCGAAAACCUUAAAGAAUUUACUUCCAAAUUGAGAAAUGAUUUGACUGAAACUGCAGAUAUUAGAAGAGCUGUCUCUAUUGAGUCUGCAAUUGAACAAAAGGUUAUCAAUGGUGAAAAUGUUGACUCAAACUACACCAAGCUUACUGUUCAACCAAGAGCAAACAUGAAGUUUGACUUCCCAACUUUGAAAUCCUAUGAAGACAUCAAGCAAAUUGCUCCUGACUUGGAAGGAAUGUUGGACUUGGAAAACGUUGUGGUGGUUACAGGAUUUGCUGAAGUUGGUCCAUGGGGUAACGCAAGAACAAGAUGGGAAAUGGAAUCGAAAGGUGAAUUCUCUCUCGAAGGUGCCAUUGAAAUGGCUUGGAUCAUGGGUAUGAUCAAAUACCACAACGGUAACUUGAAAGGAAAGCCAUACUCUGGUUGGAUUGACGCCAAGACACAAACACCAGUUGAUGAUAAAGACAUCAAGGCCAAGUACGAGGAGGAGAUUUUGGAUCACUCUGGUAUAAGAUUAAUUGAACCUGAGUUAUUCAAUGGUUAUGAUCCAAAGAAAAAGCAAAUGAUCCAGGAAGUUGUUAUUCAACAUGACUUGGAGCCAUUUGAGUGUUCAAAGGAAACUGCUGAACAAUACAAACACGAGCACGGUGAAAAGUGUGAAAUUUCCGAGAUUGAAGAAAGUGGUGAGUACAGCGUUAGAAUUUUGAAGGGUGCCACAUUGUUUAUUCCGAAGGCAUUGAGAUUCGACAGGUUGGUUGCAGGUCAAAUUCCAAGUGGUUGGGAUGCUCGUACCUACGGCAUUCCAGAGGAUACUAUUAACCAAGUUGAUCCAAUUACGUUGUACGUCUUGGUUGCCACAGUUGAGGCUUUGUUGUCUGCUGGUAUCACUGAUCCAUACGAAUUCUACAAAUACGUUCACGUUUCUGAAGUUGGUAACUGUUCCGGUUCUGGUAUGGGUGGUGUUAGUGCCUUGAGAGGUAUGUUCAAAGACAGAUAUGCUGACAAGCCAGUUCAAAAUGACAUUUUGCAAGAGUCUUUUAUCAAUACCAUGUCUGCUUGGGUCAAUAUGUUGUUAUUGUCGGCUUCCGGUCCUAUCAAAACACCAGUGGGUGCAUGUGCCACAGCUGUCGAAUCAGUUGAUAUUGGUAUUGAAACUAUUUUGUCGGGUAAGGCCAAGGUUGUCAUGGUUGGUGGUUACGAUGAUUUCCAAGAGGAGGGUUCUUAUGAGUUCGCCAAUAUGAAUGCCACAUCGAAUGCUAUCAAUGAAUUCAAACAUGGUAGAACACCAAAGGAAAUGUCUAGACCUACAACAACAACUAGAAAUGGUUUCAUGGAAGCACAAGGGUCAGGUAUUCAAGUUAUCAUGUCAGCUGACUUGGCUAUUAAAAUGGGUGUCCCUAUUCACGCUGUUUUGGCUAUGUCAGCCACAGCAACUGACAAGAUUGGAAGAUCAGUUCCAGCACCUGGUAAGGGUAUCUUGACCACAGCAAGAGAGCAUCACGGAAGCUUGAAAUACCCAUCUCCAUUAUUGAACAUCAAGUACAGAAAGAGACAAUUGUCGAAGAGGUUGGAUCAAAUUAAAUCGUGGGAAUCAUCAGAGCUUAACUACUUGCAAGACGAGGCUGAGUUGGCUAGAGAAGAAUUUGGUGAAGCAUUCUCAGAAGCUGAGUUUAUGAGAGAAAGAACCGAAGAAAUUUACAGAGAGUCCAAGAGACAAGUUGCUGAUGCUAAGAAGCAAUGGGGUAACUCGUUCUACAACUCUGAUCCUAGAAUUGCUCCAUUGAGGGGAGCCUUGGCUACAUUUAACUUGACUAUUGAUGACAUUGGAGUUGCUUCAUUCCAUGGUACUUCAACUGUUGCAAAUGACAAGAAUGAGUCGGCAACCAUUGAUAAUAUGAUGAAACAUUUGGGUAGAUCAGAGGGAAACCCUGUAUUUGGUGUAUUCCAGAAAUACUUAACUGGCCAUCCAAAGGGUGCUGCCGGUGCCUGGAUGUUGAAUGGUGCAAUCCAAAUUUUAGAGUCUGGUAUCGUUCCUGGUAACAGGAACGCCGAUAAUGUUGACAAGGUAUUGGAGCAGUAUGAGUAUGUGUUGUACCCAUCCAGAUCCAUCCAAACCGAUGGUAUCAAGGCAGUUUCGGUUACAUCUUUUGGUUUUGGUCAAAAGGGUGCUCAAGCUGUUGUUGUUCAUCCCGAUUACUUGUACGCCGUUUUGGACAAAUCAACUUAUGAAGAUUAUGCUCAAAGAGUUACAGCAAGAAACAAGAAGACAUACCGUUACAUGCACAAUGCUAUCACCAGAAACACCAUGUUUGUUGCCAAGGACAAGGCUCCUUAUAGUGAUGAAUUGACCAUGGAUGUGUACUUGGACCCAUUGGCUAGAGUUUCCAAAACAAAGAAUGAGUUUGUCUUUUCAAAGAAAUCUGUUCAAUCAGACAAGUCAUACGUGAGUGAAAUUUCGAACGCAACUGCCAAAGCUUUAUCGUCUUUAAACAAGUCAUCCAAGGGUGUUGGUGUUGAUGUUGAGUUGUUGUCAGAAUUAAACAUUGACAAUGAAACGUUUAUGGAGAGAAAUUUCAGCCCGGAGGAGAUCAAGUAUUGCCAAAACUCUUCCAAUCCUCAAGCGUCUUUCACUGGAACCUGGUCGGCAAAAGAGGCCACUUUCAAAGCCUUGGGUGUUAAAUCUCAAGGUGGCGGCGCCAGCUUGAAAGAGAUUGAGAUUAUUAGAGAUGGCAAUGGUGCACCAAAAGUUGUCUUGAAUGGAAAUGCAAAGACAGCUGCACAAGCUGCAGGAGUCAAGAAUGUCAAUGUGUCCAUUUCACACGACGAUUUCCAAGCUACUGCUGUCGCUCUUAGUGAAUUUUAG